UCUCUUUUAUAUUCCAUCUAUCACAUCUUUCACACAGUCACUCGUACCACACUACAUCUUAGUAAGGUGCAGGUCUAAUAUCGGGUGGCUCACAUUAAUAAUGGAUUGUGUCCGCAGGGAGGAAGCAGAUGAGGACUACACCUACUCUGUCACCACCAGAAUACCAGAGAGUUUCCCCAGCGGCAGGCUGUGUUACAGGUUGGAGCAGAGCUACUCGCUGGGCCCCCUGGAGGUCAACACUGAGGCUGUCCUCAGGAUCAAGACCAGCCUGAACAACAACAAUUGUUCGUUCAUGAAGCUCUUCCUGGAUGACAAGAUUUCACAGGUGGUUGACAUCUCAAACACUACAGCCUACUCCAACUGAAUUGACAUCUCCUGAAUCUCAAAAGGUACACUGAUACAGUAACUUCUCUCAUCUUUUAACAAAAAGGUAUGUAUCCAGAUGUUUCACCCCCACCAAUGCUGAACUGAAGCUUACCAACAC